GCGGGAGACUGUGGUUCCGCAAGUGACUUUCUUUUUCGCCCAAUUCCUUUCACAAACUAAGCCGGUCAGUCAACCUGUAUAUAGUGCACACACCCCCAUGUCACCAGCUUAGCUGGUGGCUCCCGUGCAUUGCAACCAGUUGACUUUGUUCUCUGUGUUGCUGGCUGUGGUCCCCCUGUUGUUGACCGCGACUCCCACCCCUUUGGGUUAAUAUCAUUGUUCUCCCAUUUGAGGCCUCGACUGUAAACAUCAGCCGCACAGCAUAACAUGUUCAGACGGCACACAAAACCGCCAGCAGGCAGUCAGCAGCUGCGACCCGCGACCACCUGGCCUGUCCGUCAAGCCCGACCCGAACGGUCCUGGAGAGAGACCGUCAUCCACUACCACGUCAUCUGGAAAGAGAUCCUGCACCUCCCGCAGAAGCAGCACAGGCCGCAGGCGCAGCCGCGCACGACAGGGAGGUCGGCGACGUCGACAAGCCUGCUCGCCGCCCGCGAGGCCACCCGGCGGCAGCAGCAGCUGCAGCAGGACCUCUCUGCCAUCACAGCGGCCGGCGGCGGCGGCGGCGGCGCUGCGUCCCCGCCGACGCCCCAGCCGCGCUACGCCUCGCACACGCCCGUGUGGUUCGCCGAGCCGCAGCCUAACCCUAGCUCCGACGGCGCGCUGCUGCUGCUGCUGCCGCCCCUGACCCGGCCGCGGCAGUCCACUUUCUCGGGCCGGCCUCCGACACGGCGCGGGCCACUCUCCGCGGGGGAUGCGGAGUCGAGUGGCCAGGCGCUCCCUCCGAGCGAGACGGUUCAGGAAGUCGCCCACGCCCAAGACCAGGGUCAGGGUCAGGGUCAGGGUCAGGGUCAGGAUCAAGGUCAGGGUCAGGGCCAGGGAGAAGAACCGCAGGCGGAGGAUAGCACUGCACUGCCUGCCCUUCCGUCACGUGCAAGCAAGCACGAUAUGAUUGAUUGCUGAUGAUGAGAUGAAAGGCUGGGGCCGGGGAUAGGAGGGAGACGAGGGAUACGAGGAGGGAGACGAGGAAGAAGAGAAGGGCCAGUCAAGCAGGCGCAAAAGACAGAAUGACCCGGGUCGAUGCCGGAGAAGUAAUUAGGUAGCCACGGCGAAGUUGAGGAGUGGGACGGUAAUUAAUCAGUGAUUAAUCAGUUUGGUGUCGAUGUUCGUUUGGU